GUGAAUGCCGAAAACAUUGAAACAUUGAAACAUCACGCCUAAAGUGAUCAGAGGGAGACAUUAAAAUGAUUUAACAAUUGUUUAUUUCACCAUGAGGACUUUAAACUGGAUAUAUGAGGAUGCUGGAGUGAAAACCGGAUAAAAUACCAGGAAAAACAGACUGGAGACGAUAAAUGAUGCAGAUGUGCGGAUUUAAUGUGACGUGUGUUAGUGGCUGUUCAUCAGGACUGAUUGAUUUUCUGCUUUUUCAUUCAUUUAUUCGGCAUAAAGCGACUAAACGGCAUGUCUAUGUGCAGUAUUUACCCAUGUGAUUCCUUUAAAGCGGUUUACUGUGAUUAAUACAGUAAAAUGUUUCCUAAAACCUCUUUCACGAGUAUCAUAGUGGGGGUGUUCCUGCUGUAUGUGCUGCACACAUGUUGGGUCAUGUAUGGGAUAGUUUACACGAAACCAUGUGAAAAUCCCAAAAGUGACAGCUGUAUUACACCACACCUGGCUGGGAAACCUCGACUGCAGCUGAGCGUCUACACCACCGUGAGACCGAAUGCUGAUGGUGGACACAGUUUGAUACACCGAGAAGAAGAAUUUGAUGUGAAUACCAGAUUUGAAAGGUCAGUAAAUGUGUCUCUUCCGAAGAAGACGCGCAAAAAUGGGACGCUGUACGCCAUGGUGUUCCUGCACCAGGCGGGGAUGAAUCCAUGGCAGGAUCCACAUCAGGUGCAUUUGGUCACACAUCUGACGACUUACAUGCUGCCGAAACCACCAGAGAUCAGUCUGAUCACAGGCCAGGACGACCCGCAGAAACCAGAUCAGCAAAAACCAGGUGCCGACUCGGAGCUGUACCGGCCCGUUUCUCACUGGCGCUCCCGUCUGACCCUGAACGUGGUGUCCGAGAACUUCCUGUUUGAUCGUGAGGUGCUGCCUGGAGACGUUCAUCGAUACAUGAGAGUAUAUCAGAAUGGGAAGAAGAUGGUUUACCUGCCGCUGCUGUUUGUAGAUGAACUCAGCAACCGAGUGAAAGAUUUAAUGGAGAUCAACAGCAGCACCACUGAACUGCCUCUGACCAUCUCGUACGACUCCAUCUCUCUGGGAAAACUGCGAUUCUGGAUCCACAUGCAGGACGCCGUUUAUUCACUGCAGCAGUUUGGCUUCACUGAAAAGGAUGCAGAUGAAAUCAAGGGAAUAUUUGUGGACACUAAUCUGUAUUUCCUGGCUCUCACCUUCUUCGUGGCCGCUUUCCAUCUUUUGUUUGAUUUCUUAGCAUUUAAAAAUGACAUCAGUUUCUGGAAAGAGAAGAAGAGUAUGGUCGGGAUGUCGAGCAAAGCAGUGUUGUGGAGAUGUUUCAGCACCAUCAUGAUCUUCCUCUAUCUUCUGGACGAGCAGACCAGUCUUCUGGUUCUGGUUCCGGCUGGAGUCGGGUCUUUAAUAGAGGUGUGGAAAGUGAAAAAAGCCUUUAAGAUUCACAUCGUGUGGAGGCGUUUCACUCCCAUAUUCCUGUUUGGGAAGUCUGACGAGUUGGAGAAACAAACAGAGAAAUAUGACACACUGGCGAUGAGGUAUCUGUCGUAUCUGCUGUACCCGCUGUGUGUCGGUGGCGCGGUGUACUCGCUUGUGUUUGUGAAGUACAAGAGCUGGUACUCGUGGCUUAUUAACAGUUUAGUCAACGGGGUGUACGCCUUUGGAUUCCUCUUCAUGCUCCCUCAACUCUUUGUAAAUUUCAAGCUCAAGUCAGUGGCUCAUCUCCCCUGGAAAGCCUUCAUGUACAAGGCUUUUAAUACUUUUAUCGACGAUGUCUUUGCUUUCAUCAUCACCAUGCCGACGUCACAUCGGUUAGCGUGCUUCAGGGAUGAUGUCGUGUUCCUCAUAUACCUGUAUCAAAGAUGGCUGUACCCGGUGGACAGGACAAGAAUGAACGAGUACGGCGUAUCUUACGACGAAAAGCCGAAAGGAAAGUCCCAUAAAGAUUAACAUCACUACAAAAGCACAGCGUUGCCGUGGCAACAGCGGUCUGAUUCAAAAACAUGACUUGAGCAUUGACCAGCUACUCGCGGUUAACUCGAGACACCGUUUGAUUGGUUGAGUUAUAGGAAAGAAGAACUAUGAAGAGCUUAUUGUGAUAUUACAGAAUGUAUUUUUGAUGGGACCUUUAAAUCAGUCUCAAAUAGUGUUUUGACCAUUACAUAAGAUCAUAUCACAACGGUGCCAAAGGACCAGAGUUUCCGAUUAAUUAUGUUUUGAAUAGAUUAAUUUUAGCUUCAUGACUGACGUUUGUGUGUUCAGGGAGAUUGAUGUGUAUGUGUGUUUUGUGUUCCUUAUUCCAUUAAAGUGUUUCUGUGAUUGAACUGAUUAAUUACAGAGACUUUAAUUACACUGCCUUCAUUCAUCGAUGAUCUGAUGCUCUUUUUGCAAAGGCCUCGUGCUGAACUGAGACGAUUAUUUUUCGGACAGUUUUCCCGGGUUUCUCCACUCUUUCCCAGCAGUGAUAGACGAGUGACAGAACAGACUAAAUGGAUUGAUUUUUUCCUUUAAUGAAAAGAAAAGCAGGUACAUCUCAGACCAACAUAUAAAUUCAGGCUGCUGUCAUAUAUCCCAUGAAACUGCCCUAAUACAGCCUUUAUACUGCAGGUGUGUGUCUGUUCUCUUUAAUGACCUGGAAAAAAUAAUUAUGUCAAAAUAUAUAUAUAAAUAUACACACACAGUACUGUGCAAAAUAUUAGGCACAUAAGAUGUUUCACAAAAGCAUUUGUCUUUAAGUUGGUUAUUUAUAUCUUCAGAUUUAGUGUGUCAAUAGGAAAUAUAAAUGUUAGACUCGCAAAACAUUACAUUUGCAAAUAGAAAGAUUAGAAUAGAAGAACAGGGAGCCCUGCUGACACACACACAGAGCCCCCACUGAACAUCGGGUCAGUCUGAGAUUACAUGAAGAGACAGAAGAAAUUAAGAAGUAAUUGAGACAGCCGAAAUAGACAGAAGAACUGUGGUGAAUUCUCCAAGAAGCUUAAACAUCCUGUCUGUCAACAGCCAAGACAAACUGUGUCCAGGUGUAUCUAGGAGAAUUGGGGCUGUUUUAAAGGCAAAGGUGGUCACACCAAAUACUGAUUUAGCUUUUUUAUGUUUAUUGGACUUUGUAUGACAUUAAGUGAUAAAUAAAAACUAUUUAUGUCAUUAUUUUUUUAAGAAAUCCUCUCUUUGUAAGUUUUUCACAAGUGCCUAAAACGUUUGCACAGUCCUGUUUGUGUGUGUGUGUAUAUAUAUAUAUAUAUAUAUAUAUAUAUAUGAGUAUUCAUUUUUGUAAUAAAUAUAUAAAUAAAUCUAUACAGUUUAACAUGUUUCUGCCCUUGCUAAAUGGAGAAUUUCUCAUUUUUUCCAAGUCAUUUUUAUUUUGUGUAGCACAUUUCACAACACAUCAUUUCAGAGCAGUUUUACAGGAAAUCAUGCUUUAACAAGAUAAAACUGUAAUAUCUAUAAUGUCUAUGAGCGAUCAUUGUAUAGUUUGAUUACAUAUGAUUGUAAAUUGUGUAUAAAAAUUCAAUAAUUGUAUUUAUAACACCAGUGAGCUGAAAGCGACUGUGGCAAGGAACACAAAACUCCAUAAGAUGUGGAUUAAUGGAGAAAAAUAACCUUGGGGGGAAACCAGACUCACUGUGGGGGCCAGUUCCCCUCUGACUAACCCUAAACCAGACUCACUGUGGGUGCCAGUUCCCCUCUGACUAACAUCAUGAAUAUAAUGUAAAUAUUACUUAUGUAUUGUUAA